AGAGAGAGAGAGAGAGAGAGAGAGAGAGAGAGACAGUUAAAGAUGGCUAAGUGGGGAGAAGGAGACCCUCGGUGGAUCGUGGAGCAGAGAGCUGACGCUACCAACGUCAACAACUGGCACUGGACGGAGCGUGAUGUCAGCGGCUGGUCAUCGGAGCGUCUGCGCCAGCUGCUGUUGGCGGUGUGCGUGGAGGGGCCAGAGGGCGCCAGUCAGCUGACCGACGUCGACAAACUGGAAGGAGAAGCGUCCAUCAACAACCGCAAAGGGAAACUCUUCUUCUUCUACGAGUGGACGCUGACAGCCAGCUGGCUCGGGACGGCGAGCAGCGGCGUGAAGUACCGAGGAACCGUGCACGUGUCCAACCUGUCGGACGAGAACGAUGCCGACGACCUUGACAUCUCGGUGUCUCUGUGUAAGGACCACCCCGACACGCCGCUCCUGGGCCUGAUGAGGACGCGUGGCGUUCAGGAGGUCCGAAGGGUUCUGGCCCAGUACGUCCAGCAGCUCAAAUCAGAGUUCAGCCAGGGGAUGAUCCUUCCCUCCAACCAACAGCAGAAGACGCCGCAGCCUCCGACACAGAAGAAGACCAGUACGCCUCAGUUUAGCCCCGCCCCCAGGUGCUCCUCUGGCCCCGCCCCCAUGUGCUCCUCUGGCCCCGCCCCCUGCCCUGCUACCUGCAGCUUUACCCUGAAGGAGACCUUCCAGACGUCUGCUGCCGAGCUGUACACCACCUUCAUCAGCCAGGAGUUGGUGCAGGUGUUUACCCGUUGUGCAGCAGUAGUUGACGGGCGGCGAGGCGGCCGGUUCCAGAUGUUGGACGGCAGCGUCAGCGGCGAGUUCAGCCAGCUGGUCCCGGACCGCAGCAUCCAGAUGAGGUGGCGCUUCAGGACGUGGCCCAGCGAUUGUUUCGCCGCUGUGACUCUGGAGCUGCAGCAGCGAGGAGACGAGACGGAGCUCAGGAUGGCGUGCAGCGGCGUCCCGGCAGCCGAGGAGGACGCCACCCGAGAGGGCUGGCGCCGCUUCUACUUCCAGGCCAUCAGGCAGACGUUCGGAUACUGAACCACGCCACGCGCCCACGCCACGCUCCCA